AUGGAGCGUUUUGAAAAUGAAGAAAAGUAUAUAUUCUACAAUAUUAUCAAGGAAUUCUUGCAGUGGACUGAAGAAACCAAAGCAAAAAAACGUCAGCACUUUUCACAAAGUGGAGAAUACCCAUUACCCCAGGAAGCUUCACCAGCGUCCCGACGUAAGUCCCAAGUCAAAGAACCUUCAAAUGAAAGUCGGAAAGGGAAAUUAGAUCUUUCCAAAUUUUCUCAUCCUAUUUACGACGUUAAAUAUAUCAACGGCCAUCCGAAGGUUCGCAUCGUAGAUGUUGGAUUUAAGACAACGCUGUCUGAUCGACGAAAAAGGCUAACACAAUCCGUCACGCAAGAAAAAUUUCCUGACUUGGAGCGUCUGCGGAAAUUGAUACGGGAACAACCUUCCACGUAUCGUCGUGCCACACUUCAACUUAAUUCCAAGGCAGGUCACCUGUCAUUUGCCGUUGUAUCAGAUACGAUUACCCCAGAUAUCAAAAUCAAUGGACGAGUCAAAGGAGCAUUCGACAUGGACCAAGUUGUCGUUAAAGUACUAAAUAAGCUGUCUAUUUCAAGUGAUGGUCUUCCCAGUUCCCGAGGAAAAUUUGUAGGUAAGUGGCACAAUGUUUCAAAGUAUUUGUGCCAGAUGGUGUAACAAGUUGCUAAAAGAUAAAGUAUUCAAGAUGUACGUGCUCUGUAAUGUUGGGGUUAACCCCCAGGCUAAUAAAUAUUGGCAGGUAUAGGGGGCGGGUUGUCUACCUUCAAGUUUUUGCCGCUCAAAUGAAUCUUUGAUAGGAAGAGCUUGCUCAAAAUCCUUUAAGGGCUUUUCUGACUGUAGAAAAUGCAACCUACUGAUACGAAUUGUUGCUAAUCAUACCUAUAACCUCUUGACUAUAGGUGUGAUGCAACCCAUAAUCAGCCAUAAUGAACGACAGUUUGUGUGCAGGAUCGAUCCCGAGAACACUGACGUAAUGAUUCCAAUCAAUAAGUCCGCACCGAAAAUUUUAAUACCAAAUUCAGCAAGAGCUGAAAAAGGAUCCAUCGCCGCAAAAAGGCAAGGUAAACAGAGAGCAAGUGAAAAUGGAGUGGAACGUAAAGAUUUAUCAGAAGAAGAGUGCAUGUUUCUGGUUCAGUUUGUUAAAUGGAUAGCAGGUCGCAAUUAUCCAUUGGGCACAAUAAUCAGAGAACUGCCGCAGCAGCCUACCUUGGAGAAUAACAUGGAAAUUCUGUUUGCAGAGCAUUGCAUUAGAAAGUUGUUCAAUGGAAAGUGUGACGAACAAGUGAAAAGGCAUUUUCCACCAUCUUGGUCAAUCCCACCUGAUGAGGAGCAGAGACGUUUGAAAAUUGAUGGAGCGUUUACGAUUGAUCCUGAGAAUUCCAAAGAUCUUGAUGAUGCACUUUCCGUAGAAAAGCUUGAACACUCAGGAGUAUAUCGUGUCGGAGUUCACGUCGCUGACGUAAGUUACUUUGUGCAGCCUGACACUCCUUUGGAUGAAGAGGCGUUAUUGCGUUGCUCCUCUUACUACCCCGGACAUGGCUAUGAUAGUGUUCCGAUGCUACCACGAGAGUUGAGUGAAAACCAUUGCAGCCUUCUUCACAAUAAAAGCUGUUUGUGUUUGUCAGUUUUUUUUAACAUGGCAGAGGAUGGAAGUCAGGUGGGAAACCCUGACAUAAAAGAAACAAUUGUCAAGUCCACUUGUCAGCUCACUUACCCUCAAGCCCAACAAGUUAUUAAUGGUCAGGAUUGCUCAUUCCUGAACGUGCCAAAGGACACUGUGGAUAAGAUCCGACAGCUUAGUGACCUCGCACAAAAAAUGAGGAAGUGGAGACUUCGAGAGGCAGCCUCUGAUCAUUGGUCAAAUAAAGACGAGCCAGGAGAUUACGAAGCACAUGAGCUUGUGGAGGAAAUGAUGAUUGCCACCAAUAAGGAAAUAGCUAAAUUUCUCUAUUCACAAUAUAGAAUGAUAACACCUUUGCGGACCCAACUUCCCCCCAAAGAGCACAGAUUAAGUAGCUGGCUCAAACAAUUCGGGAAAUUCAUAAAGUUGUCCUUGUUUCCACACGCCGUUUAUUCUGAUGAAGAACUGCAGAGAAUGACAAAAGAUGAGGGCAUUUCAGAAUUGCCAAAACUCAUGGUGCAAAAGUCCGUGUGGUUUGAUCUUUUUAGUGCUGCAGAAUCACUAGACAAAGUCAAGCUUCGCCAGCUGACUUUCAAUGAGAAGGAUCACUCUCAGUUGGCCAUCGCCAAAAGGCAAUUUGAGUGUAUUAAACAGAAGGCUCGAUACGUCUGCGAAGGAGAUCCAGAUGAAGCGAAGGGGAUGCCUUGCCACUUCUCUCAGAGAAUGGACCUCUAUACACACUUCACGUCACCUAUUCGACGAUACAUUGACAUAGUGGUACACAGACUCGUCUUGAAUUUGAUAUCUGAGCGUAGCACGGUAGCACCCUCGACGGAUCGAGUCGCUGAGAUCUGUCGUCGUUCCACGUUCGCUAGUGCGAAUUCCAAACUCUUCAAAAAGGCAUGUAAUGAGGUUCACCUGGCAGCAAAACUCAGGGAAAAAAGCCACGAGACAACAGCAGUCGUUUCGACGAUCGAAGAUAGGAAAAUAAGGCUGGAAAUUACAAAACAGGAAUACGAUCAGGUCGCGAAAAGACAGAGAGAAAUCAAACUGAGCACUUUACAACCAUUUAGUGCUAAGCAUGGUGGCUCCGAGGAAAUUGUACUUACUUGGAAGCUGAGACUUUACAUUGCUCCGGAGGGAAACAUCACGGAGAAACUUGAUCGUGAAAGAGAAAAGGUUUCCAUUCUUUUAUCUCAGGAAUUACCAGAACGGGAAGUCUAUUACUUUCCAGGAGAAAGGUGGGAAAAGCUUUUGAAAGCACUUCAACAAGAAAACUUUGAACUCGUUACCUUGCUAAUUAGAGAGAUGGAUCAGCUUACCAGACCCCAAGAACAGAAUACCUUUCACAAUGGUGGAAAACUUGGGUCAAAUAUGGAGCAUACCCAUGAGAAACAGAUUUCUCUGAAGAAAUUUGAUACUGUAAAUAUUCAGCUCACUGCACAUAUGACACACGGGGUUUUCCACCCAGAAAUUCAACUCUUCAAGAUUACCCCUGGUGUCCACAUUUGCGUCGAGCACCGCAAAUAUCCAAGGGAAUGUUUUACUAACGCACCAUGCUAUCAAAUCUCUGGGAAGUACUCGACUUUAGCUGAUUACAUCGCAGCCUGGGAACCCGUACUUGAUUUGGAAGCUGCAACAGUGGCUGUGAACGAGAACGAUGAAUUAACCAUACACAAUUUGGAUGUCAGGUGGAAGAUGAAUAGCAGUGGAAACCAAGAAGGCUUUUUCAGCCUUUUAAGUGAGUAUUGCAAAAGCCGUCAUAUCAAUAUUCAUGAAGGGGAUUUUGUUUGUGUCAGGGUGGAGGAAGAGACGUACAUGGCUAAAUCAAGCUUCGUAACAAGUGAGGGGAACAAAGCAGAGGUAAAUACAUAGUCAUUUAUUUUCAGCAAUAAAAUAAUAUCAUGUAGCUUGCAUAUGUACUUUUACUGAAUUCUCAGCUUUAUAUGGAACAGUUUGAGACUUCUGAUCAGUUCUUUCAGUUUAAGCCAUCAGCGUCUGUACCGAGGUGAGAUCUUUUGUGGAAAAUAAUUGCAUCAGUUGUCACCAAGCCGAUUGAAAUUUUUGUCCACGGUAGGGAACGAGCGCAUCUGCGAGGCAAGGAAGAGAGAUAGUUUGAGAUACCAGUUUCCAAUGAUGAAAGCUAAAAUGAUUGGAUAUGAAACUUUCAGUGGAACGAAACCUCCCCUUAAAGAUUCUAUCAUUUAAAAACAACAAAAUAUAAGCAUUUUUGGAUGAGUUUCAAUUCCUAGUGCUUCGAGGUUUUCAAGGCUCACCUCAAUGGCUGCAACUACCUAACCCGCAUAACGCCCCUAUCGGUCAAUUACAACCCGUCCAAAGCACGCUUAAUGAAUAUUCGGUGAUCACGAUCUGAUUGGUUCUUCCUUGGUGGAAUUUUGACAUACGGACCGUUCCAUGAAAAUGGUCAAAUCGUUGUUUUUUGUCCUGGGAAGCCGGAAAAUUCAAAAUUUACAUCUGAAAAAUGCGACAAUAAAACCUGCAAAUGAUCUCACUCUUUGCAAAGAAACUUCCAAACGAGUAACCAAGCGUUUGAAUUUUAUCAUCAAUAAGAAAUCUCUGCUAUUAGCAUUACCAUUAGUCCGGAGGCUGUUGACCAUUUUGUCAGCAAACAGUAAAGUUGUAAGACGGUUACUGAUAUGAACACCCUUCUCCGCUUCGUGGAAGCAAAUGUAAUGAAAAGCUAGAGAAUUGAAAGCCUACCUGUAAAGCUGGUCAAUGCUCUUUUUGAAGCGGCCUUCGCGCUGAGAAGUUAAUAUUCACGAACACAAUAUGCUUAGCGCACGAGCAAGCCCUCAUGUAUUAGAAGUGUAGCAUGAGAUUUUCUUCCCCAAAGGGUACGAGAACCCUUGCACCCCACCCCCCCCGCCUCGCUUUUCUCAAAGCCUUACAAUUGGCGCAGGGAGGCUCCUGCCGAGGCGCUUGUAAUGGUGGUCUGCUUGCAGGCUAUAAGUAGUAUACUUGCAUGAAAUUAGGGAUAUAGUUAAUGCCUUUAAAUAAUUUGACUGACACUGUACCCACUACAUCUGCUGAAAUAUGAAAUGAAAAGUGAUUGUUGUAUUCGAACCUAACGGCAAUUAUGUUUAUCUCCAUUAAGAUGGAUUUAGAUCUAGAAAACGAAGGGGAACUCGCCAUGACGCAGUUAAAAAGCACCCCAUCCUUAGAGAGCAACUCGAGUCGCAGUUCUAGGUCAAGUAUUUGGGUGGGACACUGUAUUAUUAGGGAAGCUCGAUUAAGUGAGGAAUCGAAAAUAGUGUCAGUGAGGAUAAAUCUCUGUCAGGCAGCGUCAGAAUUUCCCAAAGAGCUGUUGAUUGGAGAUAUUCAACGCCUGAGUACGUUAACAAUUAUUCAUCGACCUCCUAUCCACAGGUAAUAAAUAAAAAUAGCUAUGUCCAGAAUGUAAUCUUUUAUCAUGCGACUCGUAUAGCUAGUUCUCUGAUAACCACUAGAAGUGCUGACAUUCCCAACCAUUCUCCUCCCUGAUCAUCAUCGUCCCUUUGUCAUUAUAAGGCAACGACCGUGUCAUCGAGCAAUUUGGCCACAGCCAGCGCCAAAGAAGUUUUGGAACACGAUAAGCAUCUAAAAACCUACUUCGUUAUGAGGCAAAUAUGCCUUCUUUGAACGAAUCAUUAUAUCAGUUAUGUAAACUUUAUGGAUGGCAUUGAAAUUUGACUGCCAAAAUACUAACCUAAAUGACCGUGUAUUCCCUUUUUUUUUAAAUGGAUCGCUCGCAAUGGCCUUCGACGUAAUGCGCAUCUGUAAAAUUCUGAUUAGCAAAUUCGACAGCUAAAUUGUAGAGCUACCGAGAAGAAUAUCGAAAAACUCCCAAACGGUUUUGAAGAUCAACCCCCUCAGGAUUGAAAUUGUGCGGAAGUUUAAUUUAAGCGGUCAAAUUUGAUACCUAAUUAAUUCAUUUAGAGAAAGAUCGUCUAUUUAUAAAUGUCGCAUCUCAGUCGAUUUAGAAUUAUGUCAGUAUAAAACGGAACAAUUUCUGCUAGAUAAUGCAUUUCAUAACCUAUCCAUUGUUAUAUUGUUACUGGUGGUUAUGCUUCUAAUAAUAUACAUGAAAAAACUAUGCGCGUCUGAUUGGCUGUGUGCGAAGUUGUAACACGAGUGCAAAUUACAAGUAGCGCGCGCGCUGCUUUCAGUGAUGCGUUUUUCACAUAAACUAUAACAAGUAACAACAUACUUUCUCGUGCAAUUUGGCGUAAAUAAGCAGUUGUUAAUUUCCCAAAGACUGCAAAUUGCAUUUGCCCUACGGGCUCGUGCAAUUUCACUGUCUUUAAGACAUUCACUCUUGCUUAUCAACACCAAAUUGCACUCAAAAUCAUGUGUUACCAUACAAAUUGCGCGUUAACAAUUUUUCUCGCGAAGGACAACCGCGUCGGUCUAACCUAUCCUUAACUUGGCGAUCAUAAAGAGCCCCAAUCUCGAUCCUCUGCAGUUACUGACAACCAUACCUAAUAAAAAAGGCAGAUUGCCUAUUUGAGAAAACUUUUGGGACAUAAUUAUUUAAGAAACUCGAGGAAAAUUAAGCAUUCAUGAAUUUAGUACUUGCUCAUCUGUCUUUUUCUAUUUUGGUUCUUUUGUGCUCCACUAACGACUUAGUUUACUUUCUUUUCUCUAGACGAAUGUCUGCAGUCCUCAGUCGGGGGCUUAAAAAUGCUCCCGAAGUAGUCGAGGCGAUAUGCUUGGGGCAUGAGCCUAGUCAGGGUAAGAAGAAUAUAGAUAACUAGAAUUAAAAGUCUAAGCCGGUAUUAACAAUACGCAUAAAUUAUUUUAUCGCUAUAUUGAAAGGUAUGACUUCACACCUUUAUUAACCUUUUUAUUAGCUCCACGUUUUCGAUUUACAAUUGAAAUAAUUUUUUAUCUGAGAUUACGAACACUUUAAGGAAAAGAGUGGAUUGAAGCCAAAAGGUUAGCAAAUUCAUUACCGUCCAGAUGAUCUGGAUUAAUCUCAUAACAUCAGAUAAUCAACUUAUUAACUUGGUUGCUAUUUUAGAAGACGAAUUUUUCAUUUAUACACUGAAAACUUUUAGCCCGAUAUUAUAUAAGGAUAUCUCGUAAAGAAUGAGCUCUUAUAAUUUCUAGUUCAUCACGUUGAACAAGCUCACCACUCAGUCGGGAAAAAUUGGGUUGAACGUAAUACAAUUGGUGUGAGCUACAAAUCCAUUUCCAGACCGUUUUUUAAAUUUUUCUUCAUUAUUAUUGAUGUUCGUUUUAAUUUCAUAAUCAAAUAAUAUUAUAGAAUCGAUCAUAAUAAACACUUUCAAAAAGAAUCUGUCUCCUCAUUUUAGGGAAUUUCGAGUUGCCGCCUUCCUCUCACUUUUCAAUUCCGGGAGGGGUUCCUUUGAAUACGUAUCAAAACGACGCCGUGAGAGACGCACUUAAGAAACCAUUUUCCCUCAUGCAGGGCCCUCCAGGUACGUGCUUUAUUGUCAACCUCCCGAAGUCGAAUUUGAAUUCUGAACAAUACCCACUUCAUUGCCAUAUACAAAUUAGAGUGUUUGAUUGUCUGUUUGUUAGAAUCGAAUCCCCCCAAUCGACAUAUUUCUUUUAAAUUUCAGGUACUGGAAAGACAGUGACCGGCGCUCAUAUAGCCUACUGGUUCGCAUAUCAAAACAAGACAACUAUUUCACAACCAGAUCAGAACCCGGUUGAAUCAGACAAUGCAGACAAAUUAAUACCAUCAUCACAAGUCAUUUACUGCGGUCCCUCUAAUAAGUCCAUUGAUGUAGUGGCGAGUAAGUAACAUGUUGCAAAGCAGACACUAACGAAACAAAUGUAAAGAUGAAACAAAUUCCUUAUUAGUUAUGUUAAGUCACAGAAUCAUGUCUCAAGAAAAACAGCUUUGAGUUGGACCAAAGACACCCUUAAACUUUGCAGAGUUGAUGCCAAUGAAACCAAGGUGUUCACUGCCCAUAGCACAAGACCAUCAUCCGUUUCCAAAGCUUAGAAGAAGGUUAUCCAGUCUAUGAUAUCAUUUCAAACGCUAGCUGGGAACUAAAUUCUGGUCAUGUGAUAGAAUUUGAAUAAAUUAAACGAUACCAGGCAGUGAAUGGAAGUUGGAUUGAAGUUCUAUCACAUGGCGUCAAAAUGCAUGCUGCUUUUGCAACUUCCCAACCUUUUCGGCUUUGGUGGUAUUAUGGGUAUCUAUAUUGUUGUGAUGAAACUCUAUUAAUCAUGUUCCCAUUUAGUACCUUUGGGAAUACUUGACAUUUGCUCCCUUGACGAUGAAAGAAAAUCUACUCAAAAAGGACUCUUAAAAACAAUAAAUCACAAUUUUAAACUUGCCAAAUAACAGUCACUGACAUAUUUGAUAUUUUGUUUAGUUUCAUUUUAAUUUAUUCGUUUUAUUUUAUUUCAUCUCAUUUAUUUAUACAUCUAUAUACUAUGUUAUCUUUCCUCUCUAUCAAGAAAUUAUGCUCCCUAUUCCUGGACUCAAAAUUCUUCGAGUCUAUAGCGAUUUAAAGGAGCAGGCUGAGUUUCCACUUCCUAACAAACCUAAACCUCUGAGAAGUUUCAACAACGAUGAUGAAGCUCAAGAAUUGGAUGAAAAAUUGAAAAAAGUGGCGCUACACCACGUCAUUCGUGCAGAUGCGUGUCCAUUCGCUUAUGAGCUCAAGGAAUAUGAAAGAAAAUUUGAUCAAGAUAAGAAGAAAGGUUUAAGGACCGAAGAUGAACACGUAGACAGCUACCGUGAGGUAAGUAAUAUUGUUGCCAAAUAGAAGUGGUGCAAAGUCGCGUAUGGUGAUCUUUUCUUGAUGUAGUCGCAUUAAGCAUUAAAAAUUAUUUUGCCACCGGACGCUCUAAGGCCCAUUUAUAAGCUUAAGUUGUUCUUCAGUAUAAAUCAUUUGAUUUUGUAGAGCUUCGUAUAAUUACGUAUUUUAUGAUCGGAGAAAAAGUAGAGUAACAAACACUAUUAGGCUUGUCCUAACACAUCCUCUGCAGAAUCUCUCACGAUUUUUGAUUGUUCUGCUUCAGUUUUUUUUAAGAAAGAUAAAAAUGGCCAUGUAUAGUAAAUACGAGAAUCCAACUCUAAGUAGACAGUCGAAAUAUUUAGAAUUUUCUCUUUCUUUUCAGUAGUUUUCUUAUCAUUAGUAUUACUUUUGUCAUUUUUUUUCAUUUUAUUACUUUUUUUCACAUUAUUGUCGGUAUUGCUUUGUUUAUUCUGGGAUUUUUCAUAAUACCACUUUUCCCCUUCUGUAGUUUUGUACUGCCGUUGUAUUUUGAUCAAUUGUUUACGUAUCUUUGUAGUGUAAUCUUACCUAGUAAAUACAUAACAUUUAUGUAAGGUUUGAGUGAUUCAAAUUGUACAAUGACCAUUUGCAACUGAAGAUAACAUGACGGUAUCGAAACAUGUUUUUCAAACUUAACAAUUUUGCUGUUUUCGUAUGCUAGAAUUAUGUAUUUAUUGUUACUCAUGCGAUUUUGUUUGUUUUAUCGUUUUUACCGCUCAGCUUAUUGAACAGGCCGAGACAUGGGCAUUUCAGUCGUCAGGUGUGCAGGUUAUCCUGUGCACAUGCGCAGUUUCUGUCAAGUCUAGUUUAAUGAAAUCAUGCAAAGACAAUAUCAAGCAGUGUAUUGUGGAUGAAUGUGGUAUGUGCAUGGAACUGGAGUCACUCUUACCAAUCGCGUUCUUAGCACCGCAGCAAGUGGUAUUGAUUGGUGAUCACAAACAAUUACAGCCCGUCAUUCAUGACAAAAAGGCACAAAAUCUAGGCUUUCAAGUUUCAAUGUUUGAAAGGCUUUCUGGCCAAGCCAAGAUGCUACAGCUUCAAUAUAGAAUGGUAAAUUGUAAUCAUUUGUGUUUUCAGUUCUACAUGUUACGGUUACUUAUUCCAAACGUGAACGUUCCGCAGUGCUUUGUUAUGGUGUACCGCGAAUAUUUCAAAGAUUGGCUUGAUUUUCUGUGUAAUCAUGAAUCCUGAGACACAUAGGUUUAGAGGAGAAGGUCAAAUUACGAGGGGUUGUAUCAUGUAAUGAGAAUGCGAAAGGUAACUUCCUAACUAUAUACUAAAUCUGCACUAGAGAAUGCUUAAGCUGCCAAAGUUUCCAUUCGGUAAUUGUUCUCUUCGUAUAAUUUGGCGCUUCAAGGUCACUGUACCUCAAACACUUAUCUGUGCUCAAAUUGUUUUUUCACUUUUUAUCAGCGAGUACUGAUAGCAGCACUCCACAGAGUUGCCGGUCGUGAAUCGGUUUUAGAUUCUUUUUCAUCAAAUUUUCCUCUGUUGAUAUCUACACUCGAGCACCACUUUUGUCAUAAUAACCAUAUGAGUCAAAGCUCUGUAGAUUUCCUGCAUCCCUUCUGCCCCUGUGAUGAAAGUCCAGAAGAUCAGAUCCAUGAAAUCAAGCCGACUGUAAUCCAUUUUCUUUUCAUUAUUCCUACUCAGAUUUCUAAACGGUCAAUGGGAGAUUUUUGUGUGGUCAUGCAAUCUUUCUUUCUGCAGAAUUUUUUCUUUAAAGGUUCUUGUUAAUUAUUACUUUUUAAUGACCAUAAUUGUCAUCACCAUUAUCAUUAGUAUUACCUUUUAACUAUUAUUAGUAUUAUAAUUGGAAAUUAAUUUCAUAUUCUAUCUAAAAAGGAAUUUAUAUAAUAACAAAUUUUAAGAAAUGUCAGAACAAAGGUAGUGAUUGGCAAAUUAAAAUAUGGCUGCUUUAUACUUACGACUUUGUAUCAUAUUUAUAGCACGAAGAAAUAUGCAAAUUUCCCUCAGAGUACUUUUAUAAUAACCAGCUGGAAACGGAUUCAUUAGUGAAGGAAAAGGGUACCGCUCUGCAAUCUUUCUGGCCUGUUGCAAACGUUCCCAUAGCAUUUUGUCAUGUUGUUGGGGAGGAAGAGAUUACCGUCAUUAAGACAGCACUCAGCAAUGAGCAGUCCAAAGCCAACGUCAAAGAAGUCAGAAAAGCAGUAAGUAUAGUUCAGUCUCUGCCGAGAGAGAGAUUAAGUCCAAGUUAAGCACAAAAGGUGUUUCUUGGGGAAACAUGGAGUGGCUUUUAAUCCACGCAAAACGGCAAGCUUAUAAUAUUUCGACCAUAAGAAAAUCUCCAUGAGGGAUUAAAGAGAACAAUUCAUAGAUGUUUCGGAGAAAAAUAUGGAGUGAUAUCAUCAUGGAAUCAUCUAAUAAAGAGCUAGAUAUGUACCUAGAGUUAGCCUUAUUCCUAUAAAUCACAACGUUGCUCUUAAACUCGUGUAAACCAAGCAGUGACCUUGAAUAACUUGAAUUUCUUAGUUGUUGAUGACAUCCGACGUUAGCUCUUAUGAAUAUACCUUUUCUAUCAGGUGCACGUGGCGAAAUGCCUUAUCAAGAAUAGAGGGGUGUCCUCGUCAAAAAUCGCUAUUCUAUCACCUUAUAAAGAACAGCAGGCCAGAAUAAGAAAAGCGCUGGCUGAAACAUCACAGUGCAAAGAUAUCUGCGUUACAACUAUCGCAAAGAGUCAAGGUAAAGCCACUUUUGUUUCUUUUACCAUCGUCGUCUAUCAUUAUAUAUCUUCUGUUUUAUGUGACCCUAACAGUUAUCGGAAACUGCUCGGUCAACGAAGCAAACCUGAAAGUCAUGUUCUUGCUUCUUCACUGACGGCAAGCAACACAAAGCGCUCGAACUUGACAUGAUUACACAUAGAAAUCAUGCAUCAUGGUCAUAUAUACAUGACAUGAUUACCUGUGACCUUGAGUAUUCUUGACAAGAUUAUUGUAUAAUCUGCGGCUAGAUGACGUCCCGGGUUCUGAUUUCGAAAAUUCACUUUACGCUUUCGGCCAAUCAGAAAAGAGAUAAUGAGUUAAAUGUAUAAUAAUGUUAUCUGUUUAUCACCCAGAAUAAUGCUUAUAUCAUGUGCCAUAGAAAAAGUCUUUUGUAUAGGGCAGGAUUCUUUAAAAGUCGGGGAGUCGAUGGCUAGCUGCUAGGAGUAGACGGGUCACAUAUGUAGAGGCUCUGAAAUGCUAUUUAUUAUAUAGAUACUGAUAAAAUACCAUGAUUUUUCCUUUUAUUAAAAAAUCAUAUCUUCAUCUCGCGCAGUGAAGAUACUAUUUUUAUCUUCCAAGCAAGAGGAUAUUGGUGUCGCCAUGGUUACUUACAUGAUUAGCCAAUUACAAGAGAGCUUCUCGCUCAGGCGCGCGGCCGGUUCUUUUGAAAUUAUGGAGGAAUUUCAUCAGUAUCUAUAAAACAAACAGAACACUACAUGGCCACCUGGGGAUACGAAUUUUUCUAAAAAUAUCCUCUAUUUUAUGCAUUCUUUCGGAAGUAUGUACAAAUCAAUAUGUCAGUUGCUUGGUUAAGUUAUUAUGUGCCAGGUAAAGAUUUGAAGAGUGCUCAACCAGCCAGGUUAUUUAAAUGCAUUUGUUUUUCUUGUGGAAUGCGAAAAUGGCUUUCAGGAAAGCUAUCUCUUCAUGAAAAGUUUUGUAGCAGUGACUUGUUUUAAUUUUUAUUACACCUUAUCGUUCACAACCUACCCACAGGAUUUAAUGAAGAGAGGGCGGCUCAGAAAUUGGGGUAGCUCUUUAUUUGGACGGCGGUCGGCACCUAAUGAGAACCCUGCACACGUUUUUGUGUCUGUUUCUGUCGUACUUGUUGAUGGUUUCGGUGGAUUUUUUUAUCUUGAUUAUUCAUUGUUUUUGUUAAGCCAAUACGAAUAAUUUCAUAGAUCCUAGAUAUGAGAGAGAAACAAUGUAAUGGACACUCCACAUACAUAAAAGAUCAAUCUCAAAUUCGAUCCUUUUUCAGGAACUGAAUGGGAUUACGUCAUAUUAUCUCUGGUGCGUUCCAUGAGUGAUGAUGAUCUCGACGCAGAGCCAUCAAUGUAUUGGGUCCGUGAACAUCUGGGAUUUUUAGCAGACGAGCAUCUUAUGAACGUAGGGCUAACAAGAGCGUGCAAAGGGCUUUGCAUUAUCGGUAAGAAAGAAAGAAUAUCACAACAUUAUCUAUUUUGUCUUUCUCCACGAAAUGUUUGUGUUGAUAUCUUACCAUUAUUAUGUAUCUGAUUACUCACCUACCGGUAGUGUUUCAUUGUGUUCUUUCAUUAUGUGAACUGCUUAAGCUUCUAAGCAAGUCUAUUAAUAAAAAUCGAAUUAGGGACGAUCAUUUGCAAGAGAUUUGCAAUUUCUAUAUUUUUCCAAAUUUUGUGGAUCCUCUCUUCCCGGUAAAGAUGAAUGAAAUCUUAAGUGAAACAACUUAAAAAUAGGUCUGCUUUCUGAUUUUCUGAUUUUCACGUCAGCUUUUUUUAUUUUUGUUGCUUUAAGGUAACAAGAACUUACUUCAACAUCACUCCAUGUGGAAGGACUUGAUAGAAUCCUUCGAAAAAAGACACUGCGUGGUCAAUGAAUCUACAUGGCCGAAGAAAUAAACAUAUUAUCCAACGUGGAACAUGUAAAGCAUCAGAAAGUCAAAGAAACUUUAAAAUGGGUUCCAAAACAAUGAUUUUACUCCAAAUACUAUCGCGUAGGUAAAAUAUUAAACAGUGUAUUUUCCGAAAUCAAGCCAUAGACAGCCUCAACUUAAUGCCAGACAGAAAUUAUCAAACAAAGAAAGGUCGUAGAAAGACUGAGUAACGUACUUUAAACAACCUAAAGCUCCUGAUAAAGGCAUGGAAAUUGUGUGGUUAUUUAACAACUAUACUAAAGUCGUGUGUCGAUAAUGUUAUGGAAGUAAUUAAGUGUUAUUGAAAGAAUCUUUCCAGGCGUCCGUUUGUGAUUUUGUUUGAAGUAUAAUUGUACUUUUAAAGGAAAACAUUUGUGGUUUUUCUAUUACAUAUAAUUUGAUCAUUCUCUAACGGUUGUAUCUCUUUAAUUAUCUUAGUCCUGAUUUGAAGUUGGAUUUGCACAUUUUUCAACGCAACUUGUUCAUAAUUACUGCCAGUAUUCAGAGAAUAAUUCAUGGGCACGCG